ACAGCCUUUUCUUUCAUCAUAAUUCAUAUUUUAUAUGAAGCCACAGUUGUUCCAGUUAAAAAUAAAAAGGUUUUGUGACAUUUUAGUGGUACUAAUAAGGUCUAAGACUUUUGGAAAUGGAAAGGCGAUAGUGUAAACAGUGUUGUGUGUAUAACUUUUAGCUUUUAUUAAGUUUUCACAUAUAUUUUGACAUGUCGUCGACGGCAUCCAACAAUAAAGAAUCCUUUGAAGAUUUCUAUUCAGAGGUUAAAGAAAUAGAGAAAAGAGAUUCUGUUUUAACUCCUAAACAACAAAUUGAAAGAUUGCUUAGACCUGGGUCUACAUAUUUUAAUUUGAAUCCAUUUGAAGUUCUACAAGUGGAUCCUGAAGCUAAUCUUGAUGAAAUCAAGAAGAAAUACAGAAGACUGUCCAUUCUUGUACAUCCAGACAAAAAUAUCGAUGAUUCGGAAAGGGCUCAACAGGCGUUUGAGAUAAUAAACCGGGCUUGGAAAACAUUGGAAAAUGAGGAUACAAGGAAAAAGUGCCUCGAUAUAUACCAGGAGGCCAAAGAACGUACUGACCAUAUGAUAGAACAAAAGCGUAAGAAGCUAAAGAAAGAUGGCCGAUUGGCAGAAGGAAUACCAGAAGACGAUCCAGACAAGUUCAAACAUUCAGUUUAUGUCAUGACCAUGAAGCUGUUCGCGGACAUGGAACGGAAAAGACAACAUCUUGAAACAAGAGAUAUGGAAGAGAGGAAACGCAAGAGAGAAGCCGAAAUAGAACAAGAAGAACAGAUGUCUCUUGAAAAGGAAUGGGCUAAAAACUUUGAAGAAUCCAGACAGAACCGAGUAGACAGUUGGAAGAACUUCCAAUCCGGCAGCGGAAAGGAAAAGAAAAAGAAAAAGAUCAUGGGUUUUAAACCACCGAAACCAAAACCAGAGAGCAGAUAACCAGAUGUAGCCAUAACAGUUUUAUAAUAUUAAUGUAAACUAAGAAAACUAUAAACACUACAAGAUAUAUGAGAUUAGUAAAAUAUUUGGACAAUUAACAUCUGGAAAUUAAUAAGAAACUUGAGAACUAAAGAUGUUACUGAAUUUUUUUCUGUAAAUCAAAAUGUCUCAAGUCUUCAUGAUUGUAUCUCAUGAAGCGAAUAUCAGAGGUGUAUUUGUAGUUUUCAUGGAUUAUUGCAUCAACUGUUUAACUUAUUUAGGUCUUCAAUAUGAUCCAUCCAUAUAUUUAGAAUAAAGUUAAUAUGUGAAGCGAUAGAACUGUUCACAGUCGUCGCUUUUAAGGUCUUGCUUUAUUUAACUCCUAUACAAAAGGAUUCGAUUAUGCACCCUCGAAAUAUAAAAGUAUUUUUAUCACUGGGAAUAGUUUUCUCGACCUCAUUAUUAAAAAGAUAAAUAUUCGUCGAAUUUCAUUAAUGUUCUACAUUGUCGUCAUCGCUGUUAGUACAUUUUCUGUGAUAAUCUUCGACAGUUCAAAAGUAUUUGUAAAAGACUCAUUAUGAGGAGAAUCUCUCUUCAUGCGGGUUUCAUUAUUAUAUCUACUCAGUUAUUUUCAUUGACUCGUUCAUGAAUUCGCGUUAGACAAUAAAGAAUUAGAAACUA